AACUGCCGAACUGGUUGCAAUCGAGUUACUUGGGUGGGGACAAGAUAAAGUGAAUAUAAGCGGGAGCUUGGAAGUUCUGCAAAAUCAUCCAAUACCCUUAAACUUUCCUAUCUGCCGAAGAAAGAAAAAUAUUUAGCUUUAGUUUUUCACAAGUAUAGGUGAGUCAUGGCCGUUGAUGAAGCAGAAUUGGCAUUGGAUGGAUCUGUGGAUUUGAGGGGAAAACCUGUUUUGAGAGAAAAGACUGGAAGGUGGAGAGCUUGCUCGCUAAUCAUUGGCUACGAAUUUGUUGAAAGAAUGGCAUUUGCGGGCAUAUGGGCAAACUUAGUGGUGUAUCUGACCACCAAGCUGCAUGAAGGCACCGUUUCAUCCGCUCGGAAUGUCAGCAAUUGGAGUGGCACUACAUGGAUGACUCCCUUACUUGGGGCAUACAUUGCCGAUACAUACUUGGGCCGCUUCUGGACAUUCAUGAUAUUUUCUUGUGUAUAUAUUCUGGGAAUGGGGAUUAUGACUCUGGCAGUUACGUUGAAGUCUCUUAGACCGCCAGAGUGCAAUUCUAAUGAAAUCUGCCAAAAGGCAUCGUCUCUGCAGAUUGUGAUUUUCUACUUUGCUUUGUAUCUUCUUGCUUUGGCUACUGGAGGCACCAAACCAUGCAUCACCACUUUCGGUGCUGAUCAGUUUGAUGAUUUUCAUACCAAGGAAAAGUUGCAGAAGAACAGUUUUUUCAAUUGGUGGAUUUGUUUUGUCUUCUGUGGAAGCCUGUUGGGCCAGACGCUGAUUGUGUAUGUUCAAGACAACAUUAGCUGGGGACUUGCCAGUGGAAUCAUCACGGCAGCUCUAAUCAUAUCCUACGUACUGUUUAUUAUUGGAAUUCCACUAUAUAGACAUAAACUUCCGGCAGGUAGCCCACUCAAGAGGAUGGGCAGAGUAAUUGGUAUGGUUAUUAAGAACUGGAAAGUGCGGGUUCCUACAGAUGCAUCUUGUCUUUAUGAAGUGCAUUCAAAGGAGUACCUUAGACAGGGUCGAUACCCAAUUGCUCAUACAAAACUUAUGAGAUUUAUUGACAAAGCAGCCGUAGAAAACAACUCUGGCUCAAAUCCUUGCACUGUGACAGAUGUGGAGGAGACAAAGCUUGUGCUAAGAAUCCUUCCAAUAUGGCUGACGCUCAUUCUCCCAAGCUCUUUGUUAACUCAAUGCAGCACACUAUUUGUAAAGCAGGGCAUGACUCUGGAUAGGCAUUUGGGUCCUAACUUUGAAAUUCCUGCAGCUAGUAUUGGUUUUCUUCUUCAAAUAUCAAUGCUACUCGUGCUUCUAAUCUAUAAUCGCUUUCUAGUCCCAGUGUGCCGAAGAUUCACAGGAAAUCCACGAGGCAUAACUAUAUUACAGAGAAUAGGGGUUGGUAUGGUGCUUUAUACUUUUGCCAUGGCAGCGGCUGUAAUAACAGAAAUAAAAAGGUUGGGUGUUAUUAAAAGCCAUGGGCUUGCAGAUAAAGCGAAUGCAAUUGUGCCUCGGAGCAUCUUCACACUGCUUCCACAGUUUAGUAUAAUAGGUGUGGCAGAAGGGUUUCUGGAAGUAGCAAAACUGGAGUUCUUUUAUGACCAAGCACCUGAGAGUAUGCAAAGUUUGGGGAAUUCAUUGUAUGCAACAUCACUGGGAGUUGGUGCCUUUCUCAACAGUGUUAUUCUCAAUGCUGUAACCAACAUAACAGGGCGGAAGGGCCAUCAAAGCUGGAUAUUAGAUAACGUGAAUGCCUCACGUUUUGAUUACUAUUACGCCUUGUUAGCUAUUCUCAGUUUCUUCAACUACAUUUCCUUUUUGGUUGUCUCUUGGUUUUACACAUACAAAAGAGAAAUAAGCCAAGCCUUGGGUAAAGAGUCAGCCAAAGCAAGAGAAGUUAUUUGCAUUGAAAACCAGAAUGCUGAAGAAAUGCAGCAUGGCAUUCAGUGAAAUAAACUCCAAAACUGUGGGAAAAUAAAUCAUUUGUCUAAAUGUAUUUUAAUAUAUAAUAAAUAUGGUUGAAUAAUUUAUAACCAUGGCUACCAUUUAUGACAUCGAUUUCGUAGCGGCUCAGUGUCGGAACGUGUAGAAUGUCAUUCGACACAAGAGCGCCACAUAUUAAAUAAAUAUUAUUGCUUCUUGUGUCGACGUCCACGUGUCUUAUAGCAUUUUGUAAUCCCCAUAUCUUGCUAGCUCCACU